UUUCAUUUAAAUAAAGAAACAAAAAUCUAGUAUUUUUAAUUCAUAAAUUAUAUUUUAGAAAAGAAAUCAACCAUUACAUGUCUUCGCUCAUUCACGUCUUGAUACUUGGCAAUCAAUUCCAAACAAAGAAUCUAUUCCAUCAACAACAUUCCAACUCACUCAUAAACCAGUUCAUGUUCAAGCACAUUCAAAAGUUAAUACAUGGAAUAAUAAUAUAAUUUUAAAACGAAAUAAAGUAUCUCAAGAAAAACAACAAUUAAUUCAUGUUGAUACUCGAUCAAAAAUUGAUACAUGGCUUGAAUCAUCAACGAAAAACACUUCUUUACAUCGAUCAAAAUCAUUAUCAAAACGAUCAAUUGAUCUAUCACAUAUAAAACCAACUAUAAAUACUUGGAAUGAUCAAUAUAAAAAAUCAAAAAAUAUCAUUGAAAUUUUACAUCAACCAAUUCAUGUUGAAGCUCAUUCAAAAUUAGAUACAUUUCAAUCACAAGAAUUCUUAUUUGAAAAAGAAAAUCUCUCUCAAGAAACACAUCAAAUUCAUAUUGAAGCUAAAUCAACAAUUCAUCCAUGGAAUAAUUAUCAAACAAUAAAACGACAUCGAUCAUUAAGUCCUAUUCAAAAUCUAGAAAAACAACAAACUAUUUUUAUUAAUCCAAAAUCAACUAUUCAAACUUGGAAUUUAAAUAAAUCAAUAAAAACAAAAGUAAAAGAUAUUGAUUUACAUCAACGAACAAAUAUUAUUGGAAAAUCAACAAUAGAUAAUUGGAAUAAUAUUUCAAAAAGAAAAAUAAAUAAACAAAAUGAAGAAAUAAAUACACGACCAAUACAUAUUGAUUCACAUUCACAAAUUGAUACAUGGUUAGAUGAUAUCAAACAACGAAAUGUAUUAACAACAAACAUUAAUGAAAAACCUUCGAUGAUUCAUUUUGAUCAUGUUAAAUCAACGAUUGAUAAUUGGAAUGAACAUAUUGAUUCAUCGAGAUCACUUUCAUUGUCAACUGAAAAAAAGAACUUAUUCUUUAUUGAUUCAAAAUCAUCGAUUGAUACUUGGCAAGACAAUACUAAAUCAUAUCAACGUUCAAAACGAAAAUUACUUAAAAUACCAGAACCAUCAAUAAUUCGUGAAGAAACACUUUAUAUUUCUACUCCAACAAAUGAUAUAAAUAAUGAACAAAAAUCACAAAUAAAAAGUCGAAUACAUUUUCAACCUGUUUCACAUGUUGAUUGUUGGAAUUGGCCAUAUCGACCACGAAAACAACUUCAUCCAUUGAGAAAAACAUCUCUUCAAAAUGAUUCUUAUAUGUUAUCGAAUUAUGAAAUUCUUCCACCAAUUCAAUCAUCAAUAUCUGAACGUUUGGUUGGUGGUAGUACUAAACCACAAUGGAAUUCGACAACAUCUAAAACGAGUUCAGCUCAACAUACAACACACAAACCAGCAAGUGGUACUACGAAGACUUCAAAUCAAAAAUCACAAUUGAAUGUUAAAUCGAAAAUAGGUUCAUUGGAUAAUGCUCAUCAUAAACCAGGUGGUGUUAGUACAGCUAAAGGUGAAAAUAAAAAAUCUGAUUCUAAAGAAAAAUCUAAACCAAAAACUGACAGUAAUGUUCAUGAAAUAAUGACAACAGGUGGUGGAGGUAAUGAUGGUAAUGAAGCUAGUGCAACAGUUAAUGAAGAACAUCAACAAACAGUUGAUGAAACAUCAAAUGAAAUAAUGGAAUCACAAAAGAAUGAUGACGGUGACAAAUAA